AAACAUGUCCGUCAAAAUGGCGGACAAACUUUUGAUAGCUGUUUGUAUAUCGUUAUUUCCUUGGGUAAGGGCGAACCCCACAGGCUGUGUGGCGAAGCCCGGAAACCUGGAUUCCACCAUACCGACUCAGUGUACCUAUGGGUCAUUCUCAACGCCUUUGUCUCAUUCUUCCUUUACAACCCUGUCAUGGCAGAGACUGGAGUUUGUGGAAUAUCAGAGCUCAUUUCAAUCCAGUCAGUUUACAGGAUUUUCAAGUGCUUCAACUUCCGGAUUUAGUCCUAAAUUUCCUCAUACAAUAACUAUCAAAUGCAAAUCAGGAAUUUCUACCUUUUCUUUCGGUGCCAAUGCGUUUUCGCAGUUUCCAAACGCACAAGAAGUAGCUAUUAUAAACUGUCCCAUCACAUCCUUCCCAGCCUCCGUAUUUAACGGAUUGACCUUGAGUAAGCUGACCAUUCAAGGCGGGAAAAUAACCUCAAUAAACGCGGGAACGUUCACAGGACUGACAAUCUCCAAAAUGAACAUCACGGCAGAGGAGAGUGGAAUCAUCAUAAGGGAUUGUCCAAUCACAGGUACCCUACCCGACGGCCUGUUUGGGUCGCUACCAUCUUUGGAAUACCUUAUCAUGGAGAGAACCAGUCUAGAUUAUAUUGCACCAACCACAUUCACCAACUUGACUAGUCUUCACUAUCUUAGCUUGGCUAAUAACGACUUGACAAAUAUUACUUCGGGAAUCUUCGAUGAGCUACGAGCACUCACUGAGGUUAAUAUGGAGGGAAACAAUUGGGCAUGUUCUUGUGACAAUCUCUGGUUCCUAGAUUACAGCAUUCAACAGAAUCUCAGGCUUAGUGGUGGCCCACUUUGUGACACACCUACAGAAUAUAAUUAUAAGAAGGCAACAAAGUACUGGAAUGAAGUCUGUCCAAAGUCCAACGCUUGUGAACCCAAUUUAGGUGUCGUUAUGGGUUCAGCUACAUGCAUUCUGAUGGUGGACUUGAUAUGCUAUGGUAUUGUAGUCAUCACAAUCGUCAUAUCUACCAUCGCCCUGAUAAUCAUCUGCAAGGUUCGCAAGGACUUAAAAGAUGUCCAAAAUAGGCUGAAAAACAAGAGGGCCACUUCAUGGGGACGGGUGCAGGAGAUGAUGAAAAAGAAGGAAGCAGGCGGAGGAGGGGCUUCACAGAAACCCCCGUUCCCAACGAAAACUGGAUGGGAAUAA